AUGUCGCUGAAACAGGAAAUCGAGACUUGGGUAGCCGCCCUAGCUCGUUAUGACAACAAUGAGUUCGACGACGCUCUUGGCGAAUUCGAUAAAAUCGGCGAUACGAGCAAGAUUCUCUUUAACAUGGGCGUUAUCCACGCCACAUUGGGCGAGCAUGAGAAAGCUGUCGAGUGUUAUCAGCGAGCCAUCCGACUAGAUCAAUACCUAGCUGUCGCAUACUUCCAGCAGGGUGUUUCAAAUUUUCUGCUGGGAGAUUUUGAAGAGGCUUUGGCAAACUUUAACGAUACGCUGCUGUAUCUGCGAGGUAACAGCGUGAUCGACUAUGCCCAACUUGGCCUCCUUUUCAAGUUAUACUCAUGCGAAGUACUGUUCAAUCGAGGAUUGUGCUACAUCUAUCUGCAGCAGAAAGAGGCUGGAAUGCAGGAUUUGGCGUAUGCCGUUAAGGAGAAGGUCGUGGAAGACCACAACGUCAUCGACGAAGCUAUUCGAGAGGAAGCCGAGGGCUAUACAGUAUUUUCUAUUCCUGUCGGUGUUGUGUAUCGACCAAACGAGGCCAAAGUCCGCAAUUUGAAAACCAAAGAUUAUCUCGGCAAGGCCAGAUUGGUUGCGGCCUCGGACCGAUCCAAUGCAUUUACCGGGUUUGCCGGCUCUGAGAUGAAGAAUUCCAAAACAGAGGCGAAAGACGACCGGCCAACCGAAAAUCUAUCUUUCGCGGCGACAAAUCUGGUCAAGCCCGGCCUUCAAUCCCGGAGACAGCAGUCUGAACCUCCAAACAAUCGUAACAACGCUUUCCCCCCAACUCCCCCCCCUGAAAACGAUCGACCAAGUCGGGGUGCUUCUGUACGGAGCGCUGGACCGAGACCGAAUGUUGGGAAGCUUAGCAUUCAGACGCAAGAGAGCAGCAGGAGAUAUGAGAAGGCAAUGUCUCCGCAAGAUCGAUCGAAACAUUCGCGAUCAGCAUCCGCUAACCCUUCGAGGGGUUUCUCCACCAGAGAACCUCCACGAAGACAAAGAGCUAUUGAGGAAGAGUCCCCAUAUGGCGACGAAGUAUAUGAUAUGUAUGGUGAUGGCGGGCGAGGAAGCAAGCAGUCUCGGUCCAGACAACAGCGAUACGAUGAUGAUGACGAUGGUUCGGACUAUGAUUAUGGAUCCUUUGACGAAGGCGAAUUCGAAAUGGUUUCGAGCGUGCGACGCGGCCCUGGAUCCGUUUCCCGACCUUCCCGCGCGGCAUCGCGACGACCUGAUAUACGGAAGAUCCGUGUCAAGGUUCACUCAGACGAUGUGAGGUAUAUCAUGAUUGGUACAUCCAUCGAGUUUUCGGACUUUGUGGAUCGCAUCAGAGACAAGUUUGGCCUGCGAAGGCGAUUCAAGAUCAAGAUGAAGGACGAAGACGUGCCGGACGACAUGAUUACGAUGGGCGACCAAGAUGACUUGGACGUGGCGAUUCAGAGCGCGAAGAGCCAAGCAAAGAGACAGAGGUUGGAUGUUGGCAAAAUGGAGAUUUGGGUUAUUGAAGUUUAA